AAAUAAAUGUGAAACAGCGAAGGGUUAGCUAAGUAAAUGAAUGUCCUGUAAAUUUAAAUCUGGCAACCCCGUCCAGCCGCCUGCUCUCGGUCUCGCUCUUCCCCGUAGCUCCUCCCCUAACUCCUCCCCCUUAGCCCCGCCUCCAGCUCCUCCACUCAAGGCGUCUGUUUGUCCCUCGUGUUUGAACUGAUUCCUCCGCGCUGCUGCCUGGGUUUGGUGCGAAUCGCGCAAACAUCGUAUCGAACAGGCAGGUUACAUGAGGGUCUUCGAACCUCGCGAUUCGACUCUCAGGGACUCGGUUUUUCUCCAAGGACGUCUCCCCGUCCGCAGCGCCCUGGCCGACUCCCCCCCACCGCGCCAGCUCUCCUGUCCCAGAGAGGGAAGGACGCAGUGCCAUGGCAGCGGCCCCUUCCUCUCCUCCCUUGGUCCGGAUCUGAGCGGGAAAUUCUGUGCUCCACGCUUUGGCUCAGAAGAUGUUUGAGGUGAAGCCCAUAAGUAUGGAAAAGGACUCCAGCAAUGGUCCCGACGGAGGUGGGGUGGACCGUGGACCGAGAGCGGUCCACUUUGAGUCGCCUGGGAUGGGCUGCGAGUCCCUCUACCUGUACGACAGCCAGGACUGGGUGGUGACGCCCAGCGGUUCGCCGGAGGAGGCCGGCACCAUCUCGCCGAUGCUGGCCGAGGAGACCCUCCGCUACAUGACUUUCCUUGCUCUGGAACCUUCCUCCUUCUCGCACCCUGGCUCCCGCAGCCUCUCCCAAGUCCUCAGUGGCAACAGGGUGGAGCACAUGACCAAGAGCUUCAACGACAUCGACGUGGUGACGCACCUGCUCACGGAGAGGGACCGGGACCUGGAACUGGCGGCACGAAUUGGCCAGUCGCUGCUGCAGAGAAACCAUGUGCUACAGGAGCGCAACGAUGCUGUGGAAGAGCAGCUGGCACAGGCCUUGGAUCAGGUGCACCAGCUGCAACACGAGCUGGGUAAGAAGGACGAGCUCCUGCGCAUGGUGGCCAGCGCCUCGGAGGAGAGCGAGACCGACUCCAGCUGCUCGACCCCGCUGCGCCACGCCCUCAGCACGCCCCUCCAUCUCGGCCAUCUGGAGGCACUGCAGAGCAAGCUGCAGGAGCUGGAGGAGGAGAACCUGACGCUGCGGUCUGAGGCGUGCCACCUAAAGAAGGAGACGGUCACGUACGAGGAGAAGGAGCAGAAGCUGGUCAGCGACUGCGUGAAAGAGCUCCGCGAGUCCAACAGCCAGAUGGUGACGCUGACGGAAGAGCUCUCGCACAAGAACGAGGAGCUGCUGCGGCACCAGGAGGAGAUCGCUCAGCUGCUCUCGCAGAUCGUGGAGCUGCAGCACAGGGUGAAGGAGCUGGCCUUGGAGAAGGAGGAGCUGCGCGUUCAUCUGCAGGCCUCCAAAGACGCCCAGAGACAGCUCACUGAGGAGCUGAAAGAGCUGCAGGACAGGAACGCCGAGUGUAUGGGGAUGCUGCAGGAGUCGCAGGAGGAGAUCCGGGAGUUGCGCAACAAGAGCGCACCUUCAGCGGGAAUGCGCAGACACCUGCCCUAUGGUCUCUUACCUCUGGACUCGAUAGCAGCGGAGAUUGAAGGGACCAUGCGCCGAGAGCUCAGCGUGGAGGAAGAACGUUCCGUUCAGGACCAAAGGAGCACCCAGAAGCGCGUGUUCCAGACCGUGCGCUCCAUCAACGAGUCGGUGUGCGCCCACCCCACCCCCGCCCCCAUCCCAGGCUCCGGCCGCAGCAGCGUGGUCAUGACCGCGCAGCCCUUCCUUUCCAGCCUUCGCUCGGUGGACACGAGCUGUGGCGCGAAGGACCCCACAGAGAGCACUGGAGAAGGACCGCAGACCGGGCCACCGGGAUCUCCAAGCGGGAGCGACCUUGCCUCGGCACUGCACCGUCUCUCGCUGCGGCGCCAGAACUUCCUCUGUGAGCGUCAGUUCAUCGAGGCGGAGCGCGGUAGGAAGCCGCAGGCCCUGGAUCCAGAGGGACCGGGGGAGGACAGCAGCAGGAGCGGCUGCGGCUCGCUCGACGGCAGCAUCGUCUCGUCUGUUACCAGCCUGUCGGACUUCUCGGCUGCCUCCGUCUGCUUCAGGACGUUCCUUCCGGAGAAGCUGCAGAUCGUCAAGCCCAUGGAAGGUUCCCUAACUCUGCACCACUGGCAGCAGCUGGCCCAGCCUCACCUCGCCACAAUUCUGGACCCGCACCCGGGUGUUGUCACCAAGGGCUUCCGUCCUCUGCCGCAGGACACCGUGUACCAUCUGGCGGACCUGGAGGAGGACGGAGACGAGGAGCAGGGCAGCUUCAGAGGAGUCCGAGAAAGGUAUAAGAGCAAGAGGCAGGAGGAGGAGAAGAGGAAGUUAGAUGAAGAGGAAGAGGAGGAAGAAGGAGGGAUCACCUUCCAGGUUCAGUGCUCCUCCACACCGGAAGAGAAAAGGCGCAAGAGUGAGAGGCCCUUCGCUCUGUCUCCUGUCCACCCACCAUCCACUCCCCAUCACAUGUCACCUGCUGUCCCUGAGGCUUCUAUCCUCUCAGGUCUUCCUGCACCCCACGCUCCUGUCCACUCCAAAAGACAGAUUCCCAGCAUGCCAGCGCCCUCCUCAGCUCACAACCCCGGAAAGUGCUUGAGCUCCACCUUCUCCACCUACACGUUCACCACCUGCCGGAUCCUGCACCCCUGCGACGUCACCCAGGUCACAUCAAGCUCCCUCGGAGGCCCUGCGGUGUCAGUGCGUGAGAAUAUACCCAGUUCCUUGCGCCCAGGUCCCAGUACUCCAGUCACGCCCUGUCGGCUGAGCCUGGGCGACUCUUUCCCCCCUCGACACCGGGCUGCCCCUCGCGGCUUGGCCAAGCUGUUGCUGGAGAAGGGCAUCUCUGCCCAGGUCAACACUAGAGGUGGACUUCCGAAACCUAGACCAAGCCUGCUCCCCAUCACACCCCCCAACUCUCCCUGCCCCUCCACCCCGUGCUCCCCAGUGACCUUCGAAACGCAUCCAUCCUCCUCUGACAACUUCCUGGCCUCACGCCCCGCUGAGUUUUUCCUCCAGGAUGUAUAUGGGCUAAAACCGGGCCGUGCACGCCCUCAUCUGCCGAGCCCGAACGCGGAGGCACCUGGGGGUGCUAGUGUGAGUCUGGUGGAGCGCCUGCGGCGGCUGGGCCUCACCGAGGUGCUGCAGGCUGCAGAUCCAGAGGGGCUGCGGCGACAAGAGUCCGCCACCAUCCUGGCCACUGGCCGGGGGAGCCUCCUCGAUGGGCUGCGUAGGAACCACAGCCUCCCAGCCAUGAUAGGUGGCCGGGGUCCACCAGUUAGCAGCCCCUCGCACCUGCAGCCCCUGCCCCACCCCACUACCCUCACCCUUCCCGUAACUCCCUGGGGCAACUUGAAGGAUCCAAGCACCACUCAUCCAUCUUGCUCCCCAGUAGAGAUUUCAACCUCCAGGCCCUGAGAGCUGGGUUCAGACUGGGUGGUGAAGAGAGAUCCGGGUGGACAGGAUUGGCUGCUAAGAAGAUCCAGCUCAACUGAGGGCAGCUCCAACCUUUUUCCCCUAAGCAAUUGAAGCCUGAUUUAAGGAAUUUGCAGAAGCCAGGAAAAAGGGAAAGCACCCCUGUUUUUUUUUUUUUUUUCCCCCCCAACGUAAAACCAUCUUGUUUUAUUUUAAGAGAGCUGUAAGCACCUGUAUCUUUUGUAAAGCAAGAGCAUGGCUGUCUGAUGAGCUCAUGGCCUCACCAUGAGACUCUGCUAGAAGGAAGGGAACCAAGUUCUCCCGGCUAACGUUGGAGUGUGUCGCUCCGCAGCUAAGGGUUUAUUACUUUCUUGUAAUAUUCUGGAGGCUCUGGGACACAUAGAUGGGAAUAUGUACGUUGCUGAAGGUAUGAGAAUGUUGUGCUGAGGGUACGCGUGGAAUGGAAAGAGAGAGAAGGAAAAGGAGAAUUAGAAGAAAAUAGAGAAAAGGUAUUGAAGGGUAUUUUAGUGGAAUUAGAUGAGGUUUGACAAAUACGAAGGGAAAGGCAAAGGCAAUCAGAACCUGAAAGAUAUGGUGUGUGUGUAAAUAAUCGCUAGGACUCAAUGCCUUGUGGAGCAUGGGAGGUGUUUGUACUGCUGAUCCCCAGAGACCUGCAGUUGUCCUGUGGAGCAACGUAGUGUACUUUGUGCCAUGAGGGUGAACAGUAUUAUUUCUCUUGUUUCCUCUAUUGUUUCGGUAAUCAGGUGGCUCUUAUUUUGUGCAACGACUCAUGUGGGAAAUCCUCGCAGCGCAUUAUAUAAUCGUUUACAUAUGAGUCCGCUUCUAUUGUCUCCCAGCAUGCUGUGCCGAAUGUGCCGUGUGAGUUUUCAAAUCCUGAGGAGUCUUUGAAAUCUACCUCUGUACAUCGUCAGCUAGAAGGGGUUUUAAAGAUUACGUUGAGUACUGGGAGAGUGGAACUCCAAGCUGUGGGAAGAUCCAGCUCUGCAGCUCUGAACCAGGGUGGCCCCAGUAAUGGUUAAGGGUUUAGAUAAGAGCAGCCCAUAAGGGGCUGAGUGGGUUAGUGGUUAAUAAAUAUUGCACUGAUAGUCAGUCAUUCGAUUACAGAGGUCUGAGUUUUGAGGGUUUGAUAGCACAUUUGACAUGGAUGAUAUGACUGAGCAAAGCAAUAUUAAUGAAUGUUAAAUGGAGUGGGGGGGACUUCUAGCUGACGUUGCCUAGAGGGGCACCAGAUUUGCGUGCAAGGUGUUCUGUGGAAACCCAGAAGUGCUCUGACUGUACCUGCUCAUUUUGAUCAUCGACGGCAUUUUUAUUUACUCAUUUUAAUCAAUGCCAUUAUUGACCAGAAGUACCAUGUAGUAUUUAACUGUCAUAUUAAAGUAUCAUUAAUACAAUGUAUGAGAAAGUAAUAUAUAGUAAUUUGUUUGACUAAGAAUUUUAAUGUGUACUUUGUUCAUCAUUGUACAAUCAUAUGAGGGAAUUUGACCGUUUCAUAAAAAUGUAAAUAUACAUGAACCAAAACUUUAUUCUCUUUUUGAAAGAGUACUUUUUGGUACCACUUGAAGCCGUGAGUACAGCAGCUGGGAUUUCAGCUGGGGAUGGGACCGUGACUGGGUUCGGAACCCUCUCCAGACACUGAUAGCAGAGAACAGUAGAUUGAUAAGUCUCAUUAUUAAACAUUAGAAUCCUAAAUGGGAGACUCUGGCUGCCAGGUCAUCCUGACCAUAAAUUCAUACAGCCACCAUCUCUGAGGAGCUGGACGAGAUUUCAUAGAGGCUUCUUUUUUGUGAAAUUGGCACACCCUGUGAUUUCUUGUCAUUGAUGUUAAAACAUGGCAGAUAUUUUAAGGAUAGAUUUUCUACAUCAGAGGCUAAGAGAGGGCUCCAUGUGUUGAGCUGUUGUUACUCUGGAUUAAUGUAGUAUUAGGCUCCCACAAACACCUGUCAUCCUGCUUCCAGUCUCUCUGAAUCCCAGUGAAAGUCAUUCUUGUUUUUCCAAUAAAGCAA